CUCUUGUUUAUAUGAGGUUCUUACUGCCUUAGCCUUAGACCUGGCUUCGCUCAAAACACGUUUAGAUCUCUUACUCUAUUCAUUAAUCAGUGACUGUAACUGUAGACUGUAGUAGAACUAGACUCUAUCAUUUAGAAAAGUGUAAAAGAUGAAAAUGUUUAAACCGAAAGCCCUCUCUGAGGUGCUCAGUCAAGCAAAUACUGGAGGUGUAGGUAGCACUCUUCUUCUCAAUAAUGAAGGAUCGUUGCUGGCAUUUUCUGGAUUUACUGAUAAAGAUGCUUCUGCAGCCGCAGCUAUUGCAAGCAACAUUUGGUCUUCCUUUUACAAAAGUGGCCAAUACUCACUUGAUGAUGGAAGAUUGAACUGUGUUCUUGUUGAAUGUAAGCAAGGUAAAAUUGCUAUCACAAAAGUUGCAAACUUACUUUUGUGUCUUUGUGCCAAGGAAUCAGUUAAUUAUGGAAUGUUAAAAGCCAAGAUUGAGGCAAUGGCUAUGUACUUAGAAGAACCUUUGUCUCAACUGGCCUCUUCCUGAGUGAAAGUGUUAUGACUAUGUUGUGCAUUGGAUGGUGUUUGUAUGAGUGAAAAAUAGUUUGGAAUGAUUCAUAUUGAUAUUUUGGUGUUUUAUUUAGAGUAUUACAACUGCAUUUCAGUUUUUAUUUAUGAAGAUUUCAUAAAAUACAAUUUUUUAUCACAA